AUGCAAAACCUUCAAGCUCCACUUUUCUUCACCUUCCUUCCCACAAAAACCCUCCUAAAACCCUAUAAACCCCCAAACCCUAAAUUCUACUUUCGCAAACCCCACUAUCUCCACACUAGAUUCACCGUUCAAUCAUUCAGCUCCGACGAAUUUCCGGUCGACGAGACUUUCCUCGAAUCCUUCGGGCCCAAAGAGAAAGAAUCCGAGGACGAAGCCCGUCGCCAGAACUGGAUCGAACGUGGCUGGGCUCCAUGGGAGGAAAUCCUCACUCCCGAAGGUGAUUUCGCCAGAAAAUCACUGAACGAAGGCGAAGAAGUGCCCCUUCAAACCCCCGAAGCCAUCGAAGCCUUUAGAAUGCUAAGCCCCAAGUACAGGAAAAAGAAAAUGGAAGAAAUGGGAUUGACGGAGGACGAGUAUUAUGCGAAACAGUUCGAGAUUAAGGGUGAAAUUCCGGAGCCUUUGAAGACGACGUGGGCAGGGCCGGUGGUGCUCCGCCAUGUGCCGCCGCGUGACUGGCCGCCAAGAGGAUGGGAGGUAGAUAGGAAGGAAUUGGAGUUUAUUCGAGAAGCGCAUAAGCUGCAGGCUGUGAGGGUGGAUUAUGAGGAGGUCGAGAAGGUGGCCAAGACUGAUACGGAUGAUAUGUGCUUGGAGAGGUACAAGGUGUUCUUGAAGCAGUAUAAAGAGUGGCUUGUGGCUAAUAAGGAUAUAUUGGAGGAGGAGUCUUAUAAGUAUGACCAAGAUUAUUAUCCUGGGAGGAGGAAAAGAGGCAAGGACUACAAAGAGGGCAUGUAUGAGCUCCCAUUUUAUUAUCCAGGACAGAUUUGUGCUGGUAAAGUCACUACUUUACACCUUUACCAAGGAGCCUUUGUUGAUAUCGGAGGUGUCUAUGAUGGGUAA